AUGAAAGUGGUAUUUGUGAUCUGUUCUUUACUUCUUAGUCAUGUGAAGGGGAUGCAGUACAAGAAGAAUGUGCUGCUUAUUUUCGGCGAUGACGCCGGGAUCCAGAUGGGCGCCUACAACAACUCGGCCUGCAAGACUCCCAACUUCGACAAGCUGGCGGCGCGGAGUGUCUUGUUCAAACACGGCUACACCUCCGUCAGUAGCUGCUCACCCAGCAGGUCAGUGUUGCUGACCGGUCUUCCUCAGCACCAGAAUGGCAUGUACGGGCUAGCGCAUGGCGUCCACCAUUUCUCAUCCUUUGAUAAAGUGCGGAGCCUUCCCCUCAUCCUGAAGCAGGCUGGGAUCCGAACAGGCAUCAUUGGUAAGAAGCACGUAUCACCUGACACAGUGUACAAGUUUGACUACGAGCAGACUGAAGAAAACAACGACCUCAACCAAGUGGGCAGAAAUAUUACGUUCAUGAAGUCCUACGUUAGGGAAUUUCUUCAGAACGUCACAAGUCCAUUUUUCCUGUACAUUGCAUUUCACGAUCCACACCGAUGCGGAGACGUGGAGAAGCUGGGUCAAUUCUGUGAGAGGUUUGGCAAUGGGGUUGGCCACAUCCCCGACUGGACCCCCGUGACGUACCGACAGGAGGACGUCGUGGUGCCGUACUACCUGCCGGACACGUUGACCACCAGGAGAGACCUCGCAAACAUGUACACCACGUACAGCAGGAUGGACCAAGGUAUUGGUUUGUUCCUGAACGAGUUAAAGGCAGCAGGACACGAUGAAGACACAAUGAUCUUGUAUACAUCAGACAAUGGUAUUCCCUUCCCUGGUGCAAAAACAAAUCUCUACGAUCCUGGUAUGGGAGAACCCAUGAUGAUCUCCUCUCCACUCCACAAAGAACAUUGGGGAAAGGUAACAGAUGGACUUGGCAGCACAAUGGACUUUGUUCCAACAAUCCUCGAUUGGUUCGACAUCCAGUUCCAGCCCUAUAAGAUCAUGAACAAUAGUCCAAAUGUAACUCUCACUGGCAAGUCUCUCCUGCCAAUCCUGGCCAACCCUCACGCUCCAGGCUUUGAUCAAGUCUUCUCCAGCCACAACCUGCAUGAAGUCACCAUGUAUUACCCCAUGAGAGUCCUCAGAACGGACCAGUUCAAGAUCAUCCACAACCUCAACCACAGGCGCCCAUACCCCAUUGCUACUGACAUCUACCAAUCACCAUCAUUUCUGGAAAUCUUAAACAAGACAGAGAGUGGACAGCCCACCCAGUGGCUGAAAUCGCUGAAGAAGUACUACUACAGAGACCAAUGGGAGCUUUAUGAUCUCAUUAGAGAUCCGUUUGAGCUGAACAACUUGGCGUUUGAUCCUCUGCAUGGUCCUAUUCUGAAGAGCAUGCGGAACAAGUUGCUAGCUUGGCAGAGCGGUACAGAUGAUCCAUGGCGGUGUGCUCCCAGUGGAAAUCUCAUGACGUCUGCCUCUGUACACUGUUUGCCACUACACAAUGGUGAACAAAUGUUUCCAAACAGCUUUCCUUAAAAGGACUAAUGUUUGAUAUUGAAGACUUACAAGAUAACACAAAAACCAGCAAUAUAUUGCAAAAAUAGUUACCAAAAUUGUGCAAAUCAUUAUAGCAAUUACAUAAAUUAUUGCUUAUAUUAAUUAAUAAAACAAUAUCUCUAUGCAGAAUGUAAAUCAAUUCUGA